AUGGUGUUUCGCGACCUUAUGCGGUUUGAGGAUGAUACGAAACUGAUGUCAGCAUGUGAACGAGCACUCCAGGUCAAUGAAAGUGUAGUGGCAGUAGAUCAACAGACUUACCAUGAAGUUCUGUUAGCAUCGUUCGACGCCAUGCACGAGCGAUUGUUAGGAUUCUUUGGCACGUCGGUGGUCGUUUUCAUUUUGUGA